CUAUGCAGCUGUCAUGACAUCAUUUUGAGUUUGACAGCUAAGUUAAAAAACAAUAGCGAACUUUUGUAACAAUGGCAGAUCCCAGAAUUCGUCAAAUAAAAAUAAAGACCGGCGUUGUGAAACGCAUUGCCAAGGAAAAAGUUGUGUACGAGAAGGAGGCGGAACAACAGAAGAAUAGAAUACAGAAGUUAAAAGACGAGGGUCAGGACGAGCAUAACAUUAGGAAGCAAGAAGAAGUGCUUCAAGAGUCGCUGAUGAUGGUACCAGAUUGUCAAAGACGACUGGUGAAGGCAUACAGUGACCUCAAGAAUACAUUAGAAACAGAGCAGGAUCUCAAAGAACACGAGGAUUAUAUAGCAGCUCAACAAGUACUCAAGGACGCUGAGAGCCAACUCCCUGAGUCAGGGGCUUUAUAAUAACAAUUCUUUAAUUUUCUACUUAUUUUAUAAUAACCAAAAUCAUGUCUUAUAAUCCUAAUUUUUAUAAUAAUUUUUGCGGUAACAAUUCUACAUUCCAAAGUUUGCCACCAAAUUAUGUGCCACCUCCGCCACAACCGCCCCCAUACUUCAUACCGGCCAGCACUCCAGCUGCUAAGCGAGAGAAACAAGAUCAAGAAUUUCUAAAAACCUUCGAGAAAAGGAUUCCAGUCAGAGAGCUCACACAGAUUAAUGUGAAACCACUGUCUAUAUCUGAAGUUCGAGAAGAGAUACGCAAAAUGGUUGUCACCGUAAAUGACUUGAAAGCUAAACAGAAAACUCUCUCAGAGAACAUGAGUACAUUAUCUGAUGAUGAGUGGAGAUCAACAAUGGAGCAAGUAGAAGAAAACAAAGCCUGGAUUAAUAAAACCCUGACUGUACUAAACGGUCCAUAUAUAGACUUAUUACGGAAGCUUCUAGCGAAGAGGGCAGCCAAGAGAUUGCGUCUGAGAAAAGCUAACAUGGAAAGAAAGAGGGAGAAAGAAGAAAGAAUGAAAGAACUCAAAGAGCGCUCACGGAAGAUUGAUGAGAACUUGCAGAAAAUCAAAGAUGACAUCAAUAAAGCUAAGCAGGAAGCUGAACAGAAACUGCAAGCUGAUAUGGUUUUGAAAGAAGUACUCCGCAAGAAGAGUGAUGCUAAGAAAUGUCUGACUAAACUGGACGCUCUCGUGAAGCUGCGCAAGGCGAGACAGAACACAGCCGCUGGCAGAGGAGAGACUGUGUCGGACAAUGAAGAGGCUGCCUUCCUUUCACAUAUAGAAAAACUAAAAUCACUCUGGGAACGUAAGCUGGUGCUUUACAAUAAAGAAGAAGUGGAGCUUCGCGCUCAGUUGGAGGAGGACUCGGAGAAGCAGUACUCUAUGUUGGCGGAGGCUGAACAAAAUGUGGCCACCAACCUCAAUCUCUGGAGGACAGCACUCUUUGGAGGGAAGCUGCCACAAGCUGACUUCGGGGGCGACGUCGCUAAGUUUAUUGCAGUCAGAUCACAGUGGGAUCGCUACAUUAGUACGGAAGGAACCAGCCUGCCUGUCGGCUGGGUUCCUCCCACCACAAGGAUUGACGAUAAACCUGCUUGAAUUUGUGCACAUUUUUGUUCUAAAACUACAGUAUUUGGAUGUUGAAAGUAAUCGAAUAUUUAUUUGCAUUUUGUAUGUGUGGCCUUAAUUGCAAUGCUUUUUAUUACAAAUAAAGAAUGCAUUUAUUAUUAA